AUGAGCUUGAUGGGACUUGCCUCCGACACGAAUAGUACGAUCAAUACACUUCGGCCAGAGUUGAGACACAUCCAAAUGAUCGACAAUACCCCGCUCCAAACACAUUGUUCUGGACUCGCGUCCUCUCCUACAAACCGUAGUGUCUUAUGGGAUUAUAUCAUGUCCCUAGAACAAUGGAGUGCCGAGCUGCAAUCUUCUGAGUCUUCCAAUUUGAUUUCCUCAGUAGCAUUCUCACCAGACGGCCGAAGGAUCGUGUCAGGCUCCCCGGAUAAGACCAUCAAGCUCUGGGAUGCCCAAGCCGGCUCACUGCUGCGAACCCUCCAGGGCCAUUUUGGUCCAGUUUCAUCAGUGGCCUUCUCACCGGAUGGCCAGAGGAUUGUGUCGGGAUCUGGUGAUGAGACCAUCAAGCUGUGGGAUGUCUAG